AUGUCGACCACCACCCAGCAGGCUAGCAGCUCUGCUGCCAACCUUCCCUACACUUGCAACACCUGUCUCGUUGCCUUCCACCGCAGCGAUGCGCAGAGAGAUCAUAUGCGAAAGGACUGGCACUUGUACAACAUGAAGCGCCGUAUCGCCUCUCUUCCGCCAGUGUCCCUCGAAGUAUUUAGCGAGAAGGUCCUUGUCGCCAAAGCAAACUCAAGCGAGGCAGCCGCCAAAGCCUCUUUUGAGAAGACCUGCCACCCCUGCCAGAAGACUUUCUUCAGCGAAAACUCAUACCAGAACCACAUCAAGAGCUCCAAGCACAAGCAGCGCGAAGCUCGCCUGAAGAAGGAGGGUGACGAUGCGUCGGUUCUAAGCUCCGCGUUCUCUAUGGGAGAGCCGGUCAGCAAAUCCAACGAGAACGAUGUUGCCAAGGUGACAGAUAGUAUGAAGGCUGCCACUAUUCAGGAAGAGGAUGAGGAUGAGGAGAUGCAAAACGACAAGACCGAGUACUCGGUAUCCCGGUGCCUCUUCUGCUUGGCCGACUCCGCCGAUGCGCAGGCCAAUGUCGAGCAUAUGUACAAAGCUCAUGGCAUGUUUGUCCCCGAACAGAAUUACUUGAUUGACCUCGACGGCCUCAUCCACUAUCUGUACCGCAAGAUCACUGAGAACCACGAAUGCCUCUACUGCCACGCAAUCCGAAACAACGCAGAGGGAGCUCGCACCCACAUGCGCGACAAGGGUCACUGCAUGAUCGCUUUUGAAGCUGAGGAGGAGCAAAUUGAAAUUGGCCAGUAUUACGACUUCCGCAGCACCUACUCUGAUGGAGAGGAUGAUGACGAGGAUGAGGAUAUGGCCGAUGCCGGUGGCGUCAAGGUGAAGGGCUCGGACGGAGACGACGAUGGAUGGGAGACUGAUGCAUCAUCUGUUGACGAUGAUGAAGUCGAUUCGCACCGGAAAGCACCUCUCAUCUACCAAGACGAGUAUGAACUCCAUCUCCCGUCCGGCAAGAGUGUUGGUCACCGUUCGCUCGCCAAAUACUAUCGCCAGAACCUGCACAGCUACCCUACCGCCGACGAACGAGCUGUUCGCCAACUGGCUAUUGAGAACGGAGAGAUUCAAGAGGAGGACAAGCCCCGUGGUCGCAAUCAAAACCGCGCCCUCAUCUCUCGUGCCAAUGGCGGUACAGGCAUGAUCGGUGCCACGGAUCACCAGAAACAGACUGUUUUGACUUCGGAGCGCCGCGAACGGACUCGCGCACUUCGUUCCGAAAACCGGUACCACGCCCGCCUCGAGAGACAAAACAACCACCAGAAGCACUUCCGCGAUCCCCUUCUCCAGUGA